CCGCCCCUCUCUUUACUCAUCACAUAGAAACCCAGCUACUGACCUAGAAUAACCAAGAUCAAACUUAAUCGCCAUGGCAAUGGCGAUGAAGCUUUCCCUCCUUCUUCUCUUCUUCUUAUCGUCUCUAAUCCCUACCUUCUCUCUCUUUGAAGAUCAAGUCGGAUUCAUGGACUGGCAUCAACGGUACAUAGGGAAAGUAAAGCACGCAGUGUUCCAAACGCAAAAGGCAGGCCGAAAACGUGUUGUGGUGUCUACUGAAGAGAAUGUUAUUGCCUCCCUUGAUCUCCGUCGAGGCGAGAUUUUUUGGAGACAUGUUUUGGGAGCCAAUGAUGUUGUUGACAAAAUUGAUAUUGCUCUUGGGAAAUACGUUAUUACACUAUCAUCAGAGGGGAGUAUAUUAAGAGCUUGGAACCUUCCUGAUGGGCAGAUGGUGUGGGAAUCUUUUCUAUCGGGGUCAAAGCCCUCGAAGGCAUUAUUAACAGUUCCGGCCAACUUGAAGGUUGAUCUGGACAGUCCCAUUUUUGUUUAUGGCGGUGCAUGUCUUUAUGCCAUUUCCAGCAUUGAUGGGGAGAUUCUUUGGAAGAAGGACUUCACAGCUGAAGGCAUUGAUGUUCAUCAAUUGCUUCUUCCUGACGGGAGUGAUGUAGUUCAUGCUGUAGGAGUUACCGAUUUAUCCCAGUUCGAUACAUAUGAGAUUGAUGUGAGGAAUGGAGAGUUACUCAAACAUGUCAGCGCAUCAUUUCCUGAUGGUAUUUAUGGGGAAAUCUUGCCAAUUUCAAGUGACAAAUUUGUUGCACUCGAUGCUAGGAGGUCAGUUUUGGUGUUAAUAAGCAUCAAAGAUGGACAAAUUAACCUUCAACAGACCCAUGUUUCAGAUCUCGUACAUGGAUCUUCUGGGAAUACAGCUAUUUUACCUUCAAAGCUUUCAGGAAUAUUUUCUGUAAUCACGGAUACCUUCAUUGCUUUUAUUAAAGUAACCAAUGAAGGGAAAUUGGAUGUAAUGGAAAAAGUUGAUAAGAUGGUCGUUGUUAGUGAUGCAUUGCCCCUUUCAGAAGGCGAGCAAGCUUUUGCACUUGUUCAGCAUGGAGAGAGUAAGAUUCACUUAUCUGUAAGGCUGGUUCAUGACAUGAGUAGCAAUCACCUCAAGGAAACUGUCAAGAUGGAUCAUGAGAGGGGCUUUGUGCAUAAGAUUUUCAUUAAUAACUAUGUUCGAACAGACAGGUCCCAUGGUUUUAGAGCAUUGAUUGUAAUGGAAGAUCAUUCACUACUGUUGCUACAGCAAGGUGAGAUUGUCUGGAGUAGAGAUGAUGGACUUGCUUCUGUGAUAGACGUGACAACAUCGGAACUGCCCGUGGAAAAGCUUGGUGUAUCAGUAUCAAAGGUUGAGCACAGCCUUUUUGAGUGGCUUAAGGGUCAUAUGCUGAAGCUUAAAGGAACUUUAAUGCUUGCAACACCAGAUGAAGUAGCAGCAAUACAAAAGAUUAGGUUGCAGAGUUCUGAGAAAAGCAAGAUGACCCGAGACCAUAAUGGGUUCCGUAGACUGCUCAUAGUACUUACUAGAGCUGGGAAACUUUUCGCAUUACAUACAGGAGAUGGACGAGUUGUCUGGUCUAGCCUACUGCAAUCCCUUCGCAAAUCAGACAAAUGUACCGAUCCCAUUGGUCUCAAGUUGCACCAGUGGCAAAUUCCGCAUCAUCAUGCACUGGAUAAUAAUCCAUCUGUCCUUGUUGUUGGAAGAUGUGGACUUUCUUUGUCUGCUUCUAGCGCAAUGUCAAUUGUUGAUGCUUACACUGGAAAAGAGCUUCACAAUAUGGGUCCUGCACAUUCCACUGUGCAAGUUAUUUCUUUACCAUUCAGUGAUUCAACUGAGCAGCAGCUUCACUUGCUGAUAGAUGCUGAUAAGCGUGCUCACUUGUACCCUAGAACUCCUGAAGCUGCUGAGAUCUUCCAACGUGAGUCUGAAAACGUGUAUUGGUACUCGGUCGAAGCUGAAGCUGGUAUCUUGAGGGGGUAUGCGGUGAAAGGCAGUUGUAACCUUGAGGUACCUAAUGAAUACUGCUUUGAGACCAGGAAUUUAUGGUCUAUUGUGUUCCCAUCAGAAUCAGAGAAAAUCAUCGCAACAGUGACAAGAAAAGCUAAUGAGGUGAUUCACACUCAAGCAAAGGUUAUUGCGGAUGAAGAUGUGAUGUAUAAAUACAUAUCAAAGAAUAUUCUGUUUGUUGCUACUGUUUCACCUAAAGCCAGUGGUCCAAUUGGCUCAGCAACUCCAGAUGAAUCAUUGCUGGUGGUCCACCUUGUAGAUACUGUAACUGGUCGCAUACUGCAUCGCAUGAGUCAUUCAGGCUCACAGGGUCCUGUGCAUGCAGUCCUUAGUGAGAACUGGGUUGUCUACCAUUACUUCAACUUACGAGCACACAGAUAUGAGAUAUCUGUGAUUGAGAUUUAUGAUCAGUCUCGUGCGGAAAAUAAAGAUGUUCUGAAGCUUAUUGUUGGAAAGCAUAAUCUCACUGCACCUGUGUCAUCUUAUUCUCGGCCUGAGGUUACAAUAAAAUCACAAUCUUACUUCUUCACACAUUCGGUGAAAGCAAUAUCUGUAACGUCGACUGCCAAGGGCAUAACUUCCAAGCACCUUCUUAUUGGCACACUUGGUGAUAAGGUAUUGGCUCUUGAUAAGCGUUUUGUUGAUCCACGAAGGUCACUUAAUCCCACACAAGCUGAGAAAGAGGAGGGUCUUUUACCUCUGACAGAUGCUUUGCCAAUUAUCCCACAGUCGUACAUAACACAUGCGUUUAAAGUAGAAGGUCUUAGAGGCAUAGAAACUGUACCUGCAAAGCUGGAGUCAACGACCCUUGUAUUUGCAUAUGGUGUCGAUCUCUUCUUUACUAGGCUUGCACCUUCAAGAACGUAUGACUCACUUACAGAGGAUUUCAACUAUGCACUGCUGCUUCUUACAAUCGUCGCCCUCGUGGUGGCUAUUUUUGUAACAUGGGUUUUGUCCGAGAGGAAAGAUCUGCAGGACAAAUGGAGGUAAGUGCCCAAAAUUCCAUAAUAAGUUUCUUACGUUUAUUUGUUUUAUAUCACUCAACGAUGUUUGCGUCAACUUGUGCCAUGGUAGUCCCUUUGGUAGCAUACUAUUUUGUCGGUUUUGUUUCUUGAGGUUAGUAGCGUUAGAGCGAACUGGUGUUCAUUGAUGAACAACAUUCACACAAAUUUUUUACUCUAAUUUGUCGUAGAAUCUUUCGCUAGAAGAAACUCCCAUAAAACCUACUCAUGUUUUUGUAGUCGAUUUGUGGGACCCGCUAUUUAUUUCGAACCGCUGUUUUUUUGCGAUUGUUCGGGCUUGUUCAAUCGUUUCUUGGUCUAAAGAUUUUAGAUUAUUCCGAUGGAUUUUAUUUC